AUGACUGAUCCCAAUGACCGCACUGGAAGCGGUCACGAACUUGAACAAAAACUAAAGACUUCAACGGAUUCCUCACUGCUGGUAGAUAUAUUGCACAAGACUAUUCUCCACCCUCUGUGUGUAAAAUAUCCCCCUUCCAACAAGUACAGAAGAGGCUUUUUAACUGAACUCAUUAAAAAGCAUGAAUCCACAACAGCUGAACCCUUGGAUGAAUUGUAUGAGACACUAGCAGAUAUUUUAAAUAAAGAAGAAUCCACUCACUGUUACAAAAACUACUUACUGCCCACAGGAGAAUCUAUUACCCUUUCUGAGAACGUGGCAAUUAUCUCACGAGGAACCACAGGGCUUGUCACAUGGGAUGCUGCUCUUCAUCUUGCUGAAUGGGCAAUAGAGAAUUCUGCAGUUUUCAGUAACAGGACAGUCUUGGAAUUAGGAAGUGGGAUCGGCUUCACCGGAAUUGCAAUCUCUAAAACCUGUAAACCCAAGGCAUAUAUAUUUAGUGAUUACCACCAUUGUGUUCUCAAACAGCUGACAGAAAACAUUUGUUUGAAUGGCUUUGUCUUGGAGCCUGAAACUACUAAUCGUAUCCAAAUGCAGUCCGAAGGCCAGAAGGUAGAAGUAAUGAAUUACCAAAAACCAAAAAUAACUGUUGCAGAACUUGACUGGGGCUCAGUUACAGAAAAACAGCUGAUGGAUCUUCAUCCUGAUGUCAUCAUUGCAGCAGAUGUGGUAUAUGAUCCAGAGAUAACUUUAGCCCUUAUGGGUAUGCUACAAAAGCUCUCCACUUUCAGAGCAGAUGGAAAACCUCCUGAGGUCUACAUUGCUUUUACAGUUCGUAAUCCUGACACGUAUCAUCUGUUCAAGGCUGAACUUGAUAAAAUUGGCAUUGGAUGGCAGAUUAUUCCAGCCCACAGGAACAGUUUUUUCCUCUAUGACCUGCAUUCAAAUGUAACUAUUCUACAACUGUUGAUAUAGAUUUGGUAAAUCCAAUACAAUUAAAAUUUUCAUACGUACAAGAUUAUCUUGAAUUCUAGAAACAUAUGAGAGGUAUUAGAGACACAACUAUAGGCACAGACUGUUGUCAAAGUACGUUACGUUUUUCUCCUGUAAUUGUCAGCAUGCAUGUGAGCAAGCAGCUGCCCUUAGAAGAAUCUGUGGGCUUAGAGUUGUAGGAAAAAGCAAGCCCUAAUCAUACUGCACUUUGAUUCUGUAUACAAGGCAACAGAACUGAACUGUAUAGUUUCAGCUAUAUUUUGAUUUGUAAAUAAUGGAGGCUCAUCUGCAACAUCACAGGAUGAAUAUCUCACACUGAGAAGGGAGCAGAACAAUGUUUCAUAGUAAUAAAUAGUUUUUAAUAUUGAAAACAUUUGUAGCUGGCUGUAAACUUUUUUUAUACGUUUGUAUAUACUUGUAUACUUGCAAUGCGAGUCAUCUUAGAACAAAAUGAAUGAUACCUACAAUGAACACAGUAGAUAGCAUCACAGAUUUACAUGAUGCUGUAAAAGAAGGAAAAUGAUUCUGCUGUAAAUUAGAUGCAUCUUUUCUCUGCAGCGAUGACAAAAAUCAGAACUUUAUUUACAUUUCUCUCACAUAACAACUGACACAACUAGCUAUCAGGAAGCCAUCCUGUCAGACUAGCCAGAAAAUGCAAGAACCACCAUUCUCCAUAGCAACACUCCUCGUCUAAGUGUACUGCAAGGAAGAAAAACGUAUCUCACCUUUUCUGCAACUUCUGAUAAUCCAUUAAUCGUUUUCCUGUUUGACAGUAUUAGUCCUGAAGCAGAUAAUCAAAUGUGUUGCUGUUUCUCCUCUUUUGACUUCCAAUUCUGUACUUGGUUUUAAAAUCUACUUAAGAAAAUAAACACUUAGUAUCCUCCCUCCAUAUCAAUGGAGAGAGAGUAGGUAGAUGACAGGUAACUUGAAACGUGAAGAGUCAUCUUACUCUUCAAGUUGAAGAAUGUGACUGUUAGUAUAAGUCAGAUAUACAGAAGUAAAUCCCUUACAUGUUUUUGUUUUAGCUGCCUCUCAGAAAUGAAGAAUUCAAAGGUGCUAUGUAUAGACUGCAUGCAGCCCAAACAGGAGUUCCUUUAUCUUGCUUGGCACAAAAUUCUCCACGUCACUCAUAAGUUUUGUAAAGCUUUUUUUUCUAGUCUUCAUCUUCUGAUGGCUUUUUCUUGGUUUAAAAAAAAAUAUGUUAUUUUGGGAAAAUGAAACCUUUCUAAAAAGUUCAGCAUUAUCAUUUACAUUAGGGAAGUGCCUAAUUUACUUCCCUGUGCAUAUCAUUGGCAAAAGGGGACUUGACAUAACACUGGACAGGGUUUUGUUGGAAAACAGUGAAAAAUCAAUAGUAAAUCUUUAUGGCUCAUUCUCCAGUCAGUAAACCAAUGAAAUCACCAAUCUCCUGCAGUAAAGAACUUGGCUUCAUAUCUUCAUGUUCACAUUAGUGGAACCAAACCCUAUCAACAAGUGUCUACUCUAAACACAGGGCUGAAAGAGAAAGGGAAAACUAGCAAAUAGCUGUCUAGUUUGACAAAAGUAGUUAUUAAAUGAUAACCAAGUAAGCUGGUUUAGAAACCCUGGUGAAGAAUUCAUUGUAACAAUCCACCACCACUGAAAUAGGAGUUCUGAAGGGAGGGCCUGAUAAGCCAUCUACCAUUUUUCUUUAAUUCAUAAGCAAGACAAGUUAUAGGGAGCUCUUCUUAAUUGUACAGCUUAUCUAGAUGACGUUCCCUAAGCUGGGAGUGAGUAGCUCACUACAGUGAGUAGCUGUCGCUGUAUAAAAUGCCCAGCCUAGUGCCGAGCAUUUUUCAUCGUCUUAAUGAAGUACUUGCUUGUACAAGUAUUAAAAAUACUAUCAUUUUUGUAACAUACUUGAUAUGCUAGAAUUCAGAACAGAGACUUUUUUUUUUUUACACUCACAUUUAAACUGCGAGAAAAAAAUACUAUAUCCCGUCACCAUAGCAUGGAAAAAUUACUCAAAACAUCUUUGCAGAGGUUUUUUCCCUAAUAUUGCAGCUAAAUCAGAGGUUCAUUAAAAGUUCAAACCUCUUCGAAAAUACAGCUCUUUAUUUCUGAAGCCCCUAUUUAAGUUUGUUUGCAAGUUCUCAAAUAGUUCCAUCAUCAUUUUACAGCGUUCUAUGAUGAUGAUCAGAGGGUAUUUACUAUGGGAUGUCACAAAAUGAAUCUCUGUACUGAGCAAUAUUUUGUACUGCCCUAGCUCUUGACAGAGAAAUACUAAGGUGAAUAAUUGAGUGGUUUCCAGUUAAGAACCAGAGCACACAAAUCACGUCCUGUAAGACUCAGUGAUAUUUAAUUCCAGUUAAAACAAAAAUUCUUCAGGCACAUUGCAAAAGCACAAUUUGUAGAAAGCCAGCAGAAACUGUUGUUCUCCAACAAAGAUAGCUGGGAAUGGCAAAAUAAGCAGUAGAAAAAGUGCCGCUCCAAGACAGACAAGAAUUUUGGGCAACUGACCCAGUUUCCUGAAACAGCCAUUAAUCAAGUAACAGAAAUGAACAGAACUAUUUUAACUGUCAGGGAAAAAUAUUAAUUAGUCCAGCAAACCUAGCAAAAGAAUAAAGCUAAACCAUCAUCCUAUCUCUACUUGUCCAAGCAGCAACCAUGUGAUAAAACCAAGCACAUUUACUCCUUAAAUGACUGACAUCUAUUUUAUAAAGAUUCAUAAAGAUGCUGAAAUAAGCAGCCCAUAAGUACUGGGUCUGCAUAUGAAUACUAACUAUAUAAAAAAAAA